GGGCGGAGGUGGGGAGGCGGGGCGGGGGCGGGGCUCGCGGCCAGCCCAGGCUGUGCAGGGUAGGUGGGCGCCGACAGAGCGACUACGGGUCGGGGCUGGGCUCAGCGUGCUGCGAACAAAGGAGUCUGCGGCGGUUCCCGGCUUCGCGGAGGACCAAAGCUUCGCUGGACUCUUGAGGCUCCGCGGCUCCCGGUCGGCUUCCCCUCGGUUCCACCGCGGGCGCCGCGGCACCUGCCGCCGAGUGCUGCCCAGGGAGCCUGUCCCACCCGGGGCUCAUGAUGGGGCUGAUCUUCGCUAAACUGUGGAGCCUUUUCUGUAACCAAGAGCACAAAGUAAUCAUUGUGGGACUGGACAAUGCCGGGAAAACCACCAUUCUUUAUCAGUUCUUAAUGAAUGAAGUAGUUCAUACUUCUCCAACCAUAGGAAGCAAUGUUGAAGAAAUAGUUGUGAAGAACACUCAUUUUCUUAUGUGGGAUAUUGGUGGUCAAGAAUCUCUGCGCUCAUCCUGGAACACCUAUUACUCAAACACAGAGUUCAUCAUUCUUGUUGUGGAUAGCAUUGACAGGGAACGCCUGGCUAUUACAAAAGAAGAAUUAUACAGAAUGCUGGCUCAUGAGGACUUAAGGAAAGCUGCGGUCCUCAUCUUUGCAAAUAAGCAGGACAUGAAAGGGUGCAUGACAGCCGCGGAAAUCUCCAAGUACCUCACCCUUAGUUCAAUUAAGGAUCACCCAUGGCAUAUCCAGUCGUGCUGUGCGCUCACAGGAGAAGGGUUAUGCCAAGGUCUAGAGUGGAUGACCUCCAGGAUUGGCGUGAGAUAAUUGUUUUGCUUGAAAAAGACUUCUCUAUUUAUUUGGUGACAUGAACAUUUUCCUAAUACCUUUGGCUGCUGAGGCAGCAGCACGUUUAAUUUAUGACAACACAAACCUCCUCCGAGUGACGCUUGAAUCAAGCGCCGCUGGACUGGAACAUAAAGAUGUUUUCUUACCUUUGCUUCACAUGUACUAAUCUCAGUCAGAUGGGAUAAUGUGUAACUAUGUUGUAGCAGCUGGACUCUUCUGACUGUAUUCUAAUUAUUCAGUGACUGCCUUGUGAAAACCGUUUGUCAUAUAUUUCCUGUUAUCUGAAGUUUGUUCUGUCCUUUAUAACCAGUUUCUUUCACCUCUUGGCCACCACUCCUCUUUCCAAGGAACUGGCUUGACAGAACAGCAGUGGGAAUUGGCAUGUAUUGUUUAUCCAGCACUAAGCAUUCUUUUCUCUACAAACCCCUUUUAUCUUUUGGACAGAGUUAAUUACAAUGAAGAAAAUCUACCUAGAAACUGUGUGUGUGUGUGUGUGUCUGUGUAUGUGUGUGAACAUCAUGAAUACUUGUCUUUAAGUUUCCUCACCUCAUUGCCUGUGAUGGUGUAAUUUUAUCUUGCUCUAAGUUUCCUCACCUCAUUGCCUGUGAUAGUGUAACUUUAACUUGCUCUUUACAUAGGAAUUACUUAGUCCACUUAUUUUUAUAAUGAAUUAAGCUCACUUUCCUGCCAAACAUAUUUGGUAAAAAAAAAAACUAAUGAAAGUGAAGCAUGAAUUUAAAAACCCAGCUUCAGUGGUAGACACUCUUGGCUCCAUCUAGUAGCUGGAGAUUUUUCAGUGUGAAUGUAACUGGCAGAAUUGGUAAAGCACACCAAUGUAAAUUAGAGCCAGGAGGACACCUGGAACAUGGUUUUCUAUCAGUUUCCCAUCUGCUUUUUUAUCAGUAUGACCUCAGCAGUUUUGUCAGAGGUGCCACACCUGCUCGGGCAGCAGCCUAAGCAUGCACAGUUCUUUUGAUUUCUUAGGCUUUUAGGAGUGGCUGUCAGAACAUUGUUAUCCCCAGCACUAUGUUACUGAAAGGCAAAAUCCUGGUCUUUCCAUAAACCUGCUGAGGAUGAUGUGAAAGAGGCUUCAAGUUCUUUUUGCCCCACCUCCUGUCUCUGUGCAGGUAGACUUGUUCCUAAGCUCUUACAGGGUGCUCUGAAUCUAGUCCUAGCUUUAGAAUGUCCCUGUGAGACUCAGCAAACAUGUUCUGUUUGUUUGUUUGGCUGGUUUUUUGUUUGUUUUGGUCGAUAGGAUUUCCCUCAGUGUCCUUGCCCUGGAACUCACUAGGUAGACUGUCAUUCUUAGCAACUUAAGACGGUUGAAUCAGUUACAGAAACGGAAGGAAAAGGCCUAAUGCUGAAGUCAGGCUUAUGGGUGGUGGUAACGGUUCCCAAGGCAGUUGUCUAAGAUGAAAAGUAAGAAUGAACCCUCAAGUUGAAGGGGACACCUGUUGUCAUUAGCCUUAUCUGUGUCAUCUGGGUCAUUUGCCAUAUGAAAGGGAUAAAAUGUGUACUAAGUGGUAGUUAUUCAUUUUUUUCAGUAUUUUUCAUUUGGAUCAAAAUAAGCUUCAGUGUUCAUAAAUACCUGCUCAAAACUGGUAUUUUAAUUUCAGGGUUUUUGUAUGUAAGUUGCCUUAAAUUUUACUCUCUUUUGGGUUGUGCUUGUUUGUUAUAUUUAGUUAAUUUAGUUGAACUUGAUACUAUUGGGGUAUGUAUACCUUUGAUCUAAGAAAGUAGUUAAAGGAAAAUUUUUCUGGACUUUUGGAAAUUGUUUAAACUUUGAAUCUUUUUCUUAGUGAUUCUAUCUCAAGUAGAGGAUAAGUUUAAUUUUUCUCGUGUGUUUUAAAUAUAACUCAUAAUCAAAGAUGAAAGAGCAAAGCAGAUAUAAAUCAGUGUGGAUGGUGCAUGGCCGUUGUGGGGUGGGGAUGGGAACUGAGAACAUACCAGUUACUUAAAGCACACUUUACCUAAAUUUUACUUUGUUAUAUUGUUUACCAUAAAUAUUAAAAAAAUAAUUCUCAUAAGCCUGUCCUGAAACAAAGAAUAUUUAAUGUCCCAAUAUCUCUUAUGAAAUAAUUUUCUGCUUCCUUGUAUCUAAUAAGAUUGGCUGGUUCAAUUUUCUUCUAUCAGAUAAUAUGGUUAUUUUUUAUAUUACCACAUCAGCAUUAUAUUGAAAGUGUUUUUUAAUAGUUGAUUGUAUUUUGUCAAACAGCUACUAGUAUAGAUGCAGAUUUGCUAUUUAAUUGUUGAAAGUACAGUUUAUUUUACUUGUAGAUCCUUUUUAAAAGCAUAUGAUUUGUUUGGAUUAGAAGCAACUGCUGUUAGUUAUUUAGAAAUGGGAAGUUAUUUGGAAAUGAAAUUGGAAUUCAAGUAAAUGUUGUGCCGUAGAUUGGCUAGGGUUCCUUUGGAAGUUCCUGUGAGACCUUUGUGGGGGCUUUUCAUCAGCCUUUCCAUUUGUUCAGGAGGAAGCUAGAGACUCCAAGAGAAUGUUUGGAUCCCAGUAAGCAUAAGAUGCUAAGCAUUUCACUUGAACAUUUGCUGUAAAUCAAAUGACUGUAAGAUAUCAUUUCAUGAACUUGUAAAUGUGUGAUGGGUGCCUUUGUUAUUUUGAGAUGAGUUCUCAGUUUUUUUAUUCUGUCCUUUCAAGGUCACAUGAACCAGGAUGAGGCGGAGGGAGUGGCUUGCGUUUCAUAUUCUCCUUUGUCUUCAUUUGUUAUUUAGUAAACUUUGUAUUAUACAGAAUCCCUCCACCUGCUCUAUACCUUCAGAUUAUCUUGUAUUGUUAAUUUAAAAAUGAAGAAAUUAAGUUUUACCUUAAAAUCUUCUCAACAUGUUACAGCUAAAAAUGAAAAAAAAAAAACCCUUAGCAAAUCGCGCGUCAUUCCUUACCUGAGCAUGUUGUCACCUCGAGGCACAUUUGAGAAUCACUGUAGAUGUAACAGUCGCUUUUGUAAGGGAAUGCACUAAAUAUUUUUAUUGUUAAUGUGCUUUAAUUUCUUAAAACCUGAAAUAUUAAUCUGCAUAACCUAUUGAAAACUGGGGGCUGAAUCUAUAGUGCUUGCUUUAGGUUCUUGUGUUAGCAUUCUUAAGGGGAUACUGCUUUUAUUCUGUAUUCGCUAGAGAGACAAUAUAUGCAUUUCAUUCUUUAAAAAACCAACUUUACAUAACUCCCAUGGGAACAGCAUUUUUUAAAGUGGGGAGUGGCUGGAGUCAGAGCUGUUAGUAGCCAAGGUGAACUGCAGCACCAGUCCAUGAUGCUCUUGCUCUCCCCCCCCCACGCCACCCCAACCCCGUGCUGGGAUUGCCGUAAGUAUUUUAAUUGAAUAUAAUUUAACUUUCAUUGUAGCAUAAAGAGAAAACAGUUGGGCUUCCCUGUGGAAAGAAUGAGGGAUACAGACAAUGCUGUAAACAAUAUUCCCUACCAAGAAAUCUUUAAAGAAGAUAAGAGGUUUUAAGUCUUUGGUGUUUUAUCUCAAGAGAUUAUGAGCAGAAUUGUUUCCAAGGCCGUUCAUUGAAUCCCCCACUGUGUUAAAGUUUGGAUUAGCAAACAGACUGGGAUUAUAGAUUAUACCUCUACACUAUGACCCUUUACUGGUGCUUGUUUAUCUCUAGAGGCCAAUUUUAUGCACCAGCUUAUCUGUAGCUUUGGAACAAAAUCCUCACAUACCUAAACUUUAGUUCUAAAGGUUCCUUAUCUUUGGUCAGGGGUCACCUCAAGAUACAGCUUCUGGUCUCCUCUAGCCACAUGUGGUAAUGCCUGUCUCCAAGGGGUGGAUUCCGAUCUUAAUCUGCCCACUGUUGUUCAUGGCCUACUUUUCUUCCCAAACUGAGGAUCCUUUAAGUAAUCUAAGUCGUAAAUGUCUUCUGCUUAAUAUUCUGAAGCCUUAUGCACUAUCACUCUCUUGUCAAAUCUCAAAUGAUCGAGGAAUGCUUGUAGUAGCACACCCAGUGGUCUUACUCCCUAUGCGAUUCCCCACCCCAGCCUCACAUCCUCUAGUGUGUGUGUGCAACACAGUAUGAAGAGAUAGCUUUCCUUUGGCUUAAGCUGAGUUUCUAUCUAAAACAGUGCAAAGGAGAAGCUAUAUUUGUUAGAAAAUGGCUUUGAGUUGCUUCUAGAUAGCACCUAUGUGUGUUAGAAACCCACUUCUACAAGAUUUAUCUUAUUUUUUGGCUUUUCUGACUGGAUAGAAGUGUUAGUGUGUUCUGUUCAUUGCCUUUAAGGCAUCCUAAACACGGCUUGCCAGCCCUGAGAGAGUGACAUCAGCCAGGCCAUCAGUGUGUUGCAUAGUCCACAUGAGUGUGAAAACGGUUGCUGUUUACAGUCACUAGUUUUCAAGUCAUCUCAUCUUUAUUCAUUUAAUAUUAGUGUGAAGACUGAAAUCCAAGAGCCAGGGUUAGGGGGAAAAAAGACAUAUUUUAAGAAUUAUAGGUAACCAGAGCUCUAUAGAGGUCAGUAGGAGAGCUAGGUACUGUACAUUGCAUUUCGUGUGGCUGGAAAGCCUGAAAACUGGUUAAGGUUCUAGGAGUAGAAUCUGGAGCUGAGUCACACAGAGGCUCCUUCAUUUGUUUUACGGCCUGUACUCUGCAUUUUCUCCAUGCUAUGUGCAGAUGGAGUCUAGAAAUCAGAACUUCUGAAUCAAUGAAAAGGUUUUCUUGCACAACUUGUGAAUAUUUAAUUUAAAAAUAAUUAUUACCUCAGUGUUUACUUAGUGUCUGGGCUGUUGUUGGACCCUGCCAUAAAACCCCUUUACCCAAUGUCUUUGAAUAUGCAGAAUGCUCUAGUGACGGGAGUGUGAGUGCUGGGCGGGGCUUUUUUUUUUUUCCCAGCAGCAGGGUGAACAUUUGUCGUUUUUUUUCACUACACUUGAGCAAAGCACUCAGUAUUUAAUUCCUUACAGAAAGGAGAGGAACGGUCUGCAGUUGGACUGGUGACAUAGACUGUGACUAUCAGGGUGCUAAAACCACAAAUGGCCAUUAUUUGAUCUCAGAAAUUCAUGAUUGACUGGUAUGUUUUAGCUCCAGUCGUAAGAAACAAUAGUCAUUUUAGUCUUAAAUUUUCCCUCAGGAAAUUCAGGGAGGCUAAGACCCUCCCUGCCCCCAUUUAUUCUUUUGGCGUAAACUUUCAGUCUCGUGGUGAAUGUUAAGAGCUUAGCUGCUGUUUCACUGAAAUUGUGAAAUAUAAUGACAGUUAUGGCAUUUUCCAAUUAUGAGAUCAUUUUCUAUUUCUCCAUGUUGCUCUCUUUCACAGAACAUAGCUUAAGAUAAGGGAAGAGCAAGCUCCUGGCAGUUCUGGCCUUGUGUUUAUUCUAGUGGGAAUGUAAUGGUCAUAACUGCACACUCUCUUCUUCACACGUAACUUGGUGCUUUAUAACCGUCAGGAGAAAGUAGGCCCUGGACUCGGAUUGGAAAACUCUUUAAAUGUGUAUGUAUGUUCAUUUUAUAAGAUUUGAGUAUACAUUAUUAUCCAUUACAUCUCAGGCUCUGUGCAAGUGGUCUGACAGUCUCUUUGCCAAGUAUCUUGGUUCAAAAGACGGUAUUACUACUAAUAAUAUCAAGGUAGGAUCUCAUCGCUCUGUGGGCCCUCUAGUGUUUAUAGAGGGGGAAACAUUGUCUUUCAUAUCACUUACUGCUUCUGAACCCUAAGUAAGAAACUGAUGUGCACGCCAUUGCUCUGAUGCUCAAGUGCAAACCAAGAAACUGAAGUGGCACAUACCAAAAGCAUUUCACAGCCUCAUGCCGCACAAGUGGCCCCAAGCUUGUUUGAAUAUGAGGUUGUUGAAAGAACAUGCUUUUUGAAUUUUAACAUUUUCCACUAUCAUGAGAUGCUUCUUUUCUAUGUUCGGUCAUAUUCAUGAUUUUUUAUUUCUGCAAUUAUGUUCUAAUGAAUUGUGUGCAUGCCAGCUUACCCAAGGAAAAAGAUGUGGUUUGCUCUGGACUGUUAAUCUGUGAGAGAGGGUUUGUCUCAUUUGCAAUCAUGGUGCAAUAUAGCAUGAGAUUCGUUUGUUUUCAGUCCACAGUUUUAUUUUUGUCAUAAUAAAUACUUUUUCAAUAUGAA